UGGACAAUGAACGUAAAGCUCAGUCAGUCUCGUCCUUGCAUUUGGUCAGUUGACAAGAUGUAUAAAGUUUUCUUACUAGUCGCAAUGACUGCUCCAUUAUUUCCGGGGACAGUUCAGCUUCAUUGUUGCAUUCCUUCUCAGCUAGAAACUUAUGUUGAUGAACUGUCUUUUGUUCCUGGGGGUCGAGGAAGCACUGUUGUACAAAACAUGUCUUACGAUGCCGUGACUAAACGAAAAGCUUUCCAUGUUUUUGGUGAUUCAAUUCACGAUGAAUAUGACGUCAUUAUCGACUACCGGGCCAAUAUGUCAUAUUUGUGGGCCAAGGGGGUGUGUAACGUAACAUACGCAGGUCCUUUUCAUGAAAUUUGCUUUACAGGGGGAAAGUUGGUACGAAAAUCUUUCAUGGGAGUUUUUCCAGACAUCAUUAAACUAAACACUUAUUUGAUUUCGAGCGAGCGUUUCCGUUGGUCCAUCACUGUUGGCAAAACCUGCACUCCUGUUGAAUUGAGAAGACAAAACGACGAUUUUCUGAAUCUGAUGCGUUUCUACAAUAUGACUGUAGGAAUAAGAGAUGAAUCAGUUUUCACACCACCAAAAAUAUGUUCUAAAAAGGAAUCACGAGUACCAAAAACGUUCCAAACCCCUCUGUUUUAUCGAUCUACAGCGAUGCGUGGACAGUUCCCUUAAAUCUUCUGUUUAGGACCAAUAGUUGAUGGUUCUUUUUUAUGGUUAUGAUUUUAGAUUUUUUCUGGCAAUAUAAGUAAGGUGUAUAUACUGUUCGUUAAAAAAAAUAACUGUCUCAUGUUUCCGUUUUUAUUACAUUUUGUUCAUUUUCUUUAUAAACCACAAACCUAUCAUCAAAGAAAGGUUCAAAUCGUUAUAAAGCAUAUAUUUCAUGGUUUUAUAUCUCAUAAAUAAUACAUUUUUACCCAUGAUAUUGACACUAAUGAAAACAAAUAUUUAUUGUGGAUAAACAAAAUAUGAAAAUAUGAAAACAUUCCUCCAAACACUUAAAAAAAUUCAAAAUUACCAUUCCGGUAAUUUUUGUUAGCAAAGCAUCUAUUUUUUAACUUGCAUUGAAACUUGAAGAGAUACAUCGAAUGUUUCACAACCAAACUGUUGGAAUGUGUUCGUUCAAGUAAACAAUUGAAGUUUGGAGAUUUAAAAAUAUUUUAAUCUGACAGGAAUAUUUUGGGGUUGAAAAUGAUAGUAAAAAUAACACUAGGAACCCAGUAAGAACAAGAAUCAAAUAUGAAAAAUAUUAGCCAACAAUAAAUUUUGUUUAACUUUCCUUGAAAUGACUUAUUUCUAGUUUAUGUCUGUCUCGUUUUGGAUAUCACUCUUUUCGUACUAUAAUCUCAACAACAAAAAAUGAAGAUUAAAUUUUGAUUUAUUAAUUUAGUUCUGUAUUAUAGGUAUUAAAUAAAUUGAUCAAUUAUUUGCUUUUAAUUUGAUUAAAUAGAUGUACUCAUAAUUUUUACCCGGUGUGUUUUGUUUAAAUCAAUUAAAUCAAAAAUCAUUAAUCGUUAUAAAACGUAUUAACUUUUUUCAAUGCUUUCCUUUACUAACUGAAAAACCAGAUUGGUUCUAAAAACAGAUUUUUUUCAUUGUUUUUUUUUUUUUUUUUAGAGUUUUCUCAUGUUUGCAAAUUAUUAUUUAGAUAAAGAUAAAAUAAAUUGCGAUGCUAAAUGUAUUUUGAUGUUGGUUAGACAAGCUAUCAAUAUUAACUUGUUGAUAAUAACACGUGUCAAAUAAAUUUUAGAGAUAUCUUCUAGUAACUAUGGGGAAAUAUUCCAUUUUUCUAUCAAAAAAGUGAAAUUAAUCUCAAGGAAAAGUUCUGCUUUUCCUGUUUUUUCCUGUUGUAUGUAUCUUCAUUUCACGUUGGUUUGACUUUCUGUUAAAUCAUUUCAUCAAUUAAAAAUCCUAACGCCUUGUUAAUAAAGUAAUCUAAAAUUAAUAUCUUGUGACUAGAAAGAUUGAUGAGAGUGUAUCUGUUUACUUUAUGCUUCUUUUGUGUCAAAUAAAAGUAAACAGCGUUGCC